AGCUCGUUAGAUUCGACACAGGCGGGUUGCCAGUAUUACCUUCACUUCCAUAAAAGGCAGUAACAAUGGCCACCCUAACCUGUCGCGCGGGCGUCCCGGUCACGGUGGGCAGGAGGUCAGCGGCGCCUGUGGCGCUGCUGAGCGGCCUGCCCAUCAGGAGCUCUCAGGUCCUGGGUUCGCGCCUACCGGCCGCGAAGCCUGUUGCCCCUGUGCGUGCACGCCAGCCCAUUGCUGUGAGGGCACAAGCUGCGGACGCUGCCAAGGAGCUGGACCCCCUUGAGACGACGGUUUCCAAGGUCGUGGGCGUUAAGCUGGCGCCUACUGUUGUCACUCUUUCCUUCAUUGCUAUCUGGUACGCCCUGAACAUCGGCUUCAACCUGCUCAACAAGACGAUCUUCAAGUACUUCCCCUUCCCCUACACCGUCUCGACGGUUCACGUGCUGGUUGGCCUCGUCUACUGCGUGGUCGUCUACGUCCUCGGAAUGAAGGGUUGGUCGUUCGGCCGACCUGUUACCGGCCAGGAGUUCAAGAACAUCUUUGGCCCUGCUGCCAUGCACGCCGUUGGCCACGUCGCGGCCAACAUUUCUUUCGCUGCCGUGGCUAUUUCGCUCACGCACACGGUGAAGACGCUGGAGCCGGCGUUCAACGUGGUGCUGUCUCAGGUCAUCCUGGGCGAGGCUACCCCGCUGCCCGUGCUGCUGUCGCUCGUCCCCAUCAUGUUUGGUGUUGCGCUCGCCUCCGCGGGUGAGCUGUCCUUCAACUGGAUUGGCUUCCUCACCGCUAUGGCCUCCAACCUGACCUUCGGCUUCCGCGCCGUGUGGUCCAAGAGGGCCAUGACCAAGAGCCUGGACGGCACCGCCGUGUACGCCUACACCACCCUCAUCUCCGUGCUCAUCUGCCUGCCCUGGGCGCUCUUCGCGGAGGGCUCCAGCCUGGCGGCGGGCGUGCAGACCGCCAUCGCCAAGGUGGGCGCGCAGCGCUUCUACACCGACCUUUUCAUGGUGGGCAUGCUGUACCACCUUUACAACCAGUUCGCCUUCAACACCCUGGAGCGCGUCAGCCCCGUGUCGCACGGCGUGUGCAACGUGGUGAAGCGCGUGGCCAUCAUCGGCUCCUCCGUCGUUUUCUUCAACCAGGUCCUCACCACGCAGGCGAUGGUGGGUACCGUCAUCGCCCUGGCUGGCACCUGGCUGUACACCGAGAUGUCGUCCAAGAACAAGCACAAGAAGGCGCCGCCGCCGGCGCCCGCGGGCGGUGCUGCGCCCGCCGCCGCGUAAGAGCAAGGCAUGGGUGACAGAUUUUGAUGUUGCAAAGGCGGAAGUGGAGGUGGAGGAGGUGCGCGUGGGAGGAGGUGUUGCAUGCGGUGACAUGCGGGAUGUGGCUUGUCGUCAUUUCGUUUUUGAGUUGAGGAGGAAGAGGAGGAGCAAGAGGAGUACGGAAUUGGUUGGAUGACCAUGUUAGGUGGUCUCUGUUGAUGCGGCGUUUGCUCGUCAUGGCGGUUUCCUCAUGCGUUGUGUGUAUUUGUGUGUGUGUCAAGUGCCUAGCAUAUCGUGGCUUGUGUGCGUGGCGUCUCUGUUGUUUUGUUUUACAUUCUGGGGCGACCGAGGCGAGUCGGUCGUUUCCCUAAGAACUGUUGUCGUGUGCACCUCAGAAGUCGGGCUGCCAGCCACCAUCCAGACCACCGAACGGAACGGGAUGGCAAAGGCCGCGUGCAGGAAGGCCAUGCUUGCAUGUUAUGCCGUUGUCACGAAGAGGGGGUUAGAUCUCGAGCGAUGUCUGCGAUGGCCCGCGUGCCGUGCUGUACAGUGUGGGCAGUGGACAACGUGGGCGGCAUGAAGAAUGAAACGCUGAAGAUGCACAGGAAGAAGAAGAGCUGCAGCGAACGCCGGUAAUGUCCGGCGGUGCGCGCGUGGGUAGGCGAGAAAAGUGAAGGCGGAGGCGAAAAGGCUUGACACCAUGAGAUGGGCCCUCGCUAUUGCAUUACCACCAUUAUUCUUGGCAUCAUCGUCAUCGAUGUGGCUUCGGUGUGCCGUGCCGUGCCCUUCUAGCACUCUCCCCCUCUACUGCCUGCAGCAAACGCGCCAGCGCGGCAUGCUACGAAUUGUACGCAAGCUGUAGCAUUGCCUGAAGCGACCGACUGCAGUGUUCCUUGUUGUGUGCUCGUGUGUAUGUUCAUACAUGGUUGGCUUCAUGAGUCGCGGAUUGCGGUGGUGGUCGUUGUUGUGCGGCGGCAAGGCAGGAGCCUGGGAGGAGCUGUCCAGGUUUUCUUUCCGGCCCUUCUAUGUGUGCGGACCAGAGGUCGUUGAUUGAGAAGAAGAAACACAAAACACGCUUUUGAAAGCGGGGCAUUUCUUUUGCGUGUCCCAACCAGGAGAGUACUGGUAGUCACAGUGCGUGCGCCGAUGGCAUCUCCAGCCGUAGCGGGGGCUUGGUGUGGGAGAGUCCGAUGCUGAGGAAAAGGACUGCAAAAGAAUGCCGCAGUUUUCUCAGUUUUCCUACUGUAGAGAGUUGCAGGUCAGGUGUAAUACAUGGAAACGGGGGUAAUGCAUACCCCUGCACAGUGUUAAAGGAGGCUGGAUGUGGGAAUGUAAUGACAACUAUACGGUG